AGUGCGUGGCCGCGGCGGCGGCGGCCGAGGCUCUGGGUUCGAAGCGGCAUGGGGCCCCCACUGUCGCCGCGCGAGUCGGCGAGGUUCGUGGCCGAGAACAGUCGCGACGUGCUCGUGGAUCACGAGGGCGUGCGCAGGGCGGCCGAGUUGCUGCUGCCCGCCGCCGCGGCGUGGCGCGUGGAGCAGUGGAAGUCCCUGCACGAGCUCAACCCGCGCGGGGCGGACGAGGCUGCGCUCGGCUGGGUCUUCGUGGUGGACUCGCUCAACUUCUCCUUCUGGGCCGAGCGGGACGAUAGCAAGUGUGCGGUGCGCUACGGCGGGACGCCCUACACCGGCUACUGGGCCCUGUGCGCGGCUGUCAACCGCGCGCUCGACCGAGGGAUACCGGUAACCAACGCCUCCUACUACGCCACAGUAACCCUCGAUCAGGUGCGGGAUAUAUUUCGUUCAGACACAGCUGUGCCCAUGCCUUUAAUAGAAGAGAGACAUCGGAUUCUCAAUGAAACUGGGAAAAUUCUGCUGGAGAAGUUUGGAGGCUCUUUUCUUAAUUGUGUCCAAAAAAGUGGGAGAAGUGCCCAGAAGUUAAUGCAGCUGAUUGUUGAGAACUUUCCUUCUUACAGGGACGAGGCAGAGUUCGAGGGGAAAAGGAUCGCCUUUUACAAACGAGCGCAGAUCCUCGUGGCAGACACGUGGAGUGUGCUGGAGGGCAAGGGAGAUGGCUGCUUCGAGGACAUCUCCAGCAUCACCAUGUUUGCUGACUACAGGCUGCCUCAGAUUCUCGUGUACCUUGGAGCCCUGAAGUACUCGGAUGAGCUACUGAAGAAGCUCCUCAAAGGAGAGAUGCUCUCGAAUGGAGAUAAACAGGAAGUGGAAAUUAGAGGUUGCUCCAUUUGGUGUGUCGAGCUGAUCCGGGACUGUCUUCUGGAGCUUCUUGAACAAAAGGGGGGAAAACCUCCUGUUGAGAUCAACUCGAUUCUUCUGGACUACCACCUGUGGGACUAUGCCCGAGAGCACAGGGAAGACAUGAAGGGGGUCCCGUUUCAUCGCACACGCUGCAUCUACUACUAACUGAGUGUGUGGAGGGGCUCCAGUUGAAACCCUUCACUUUAGAUCCCACAGUCACUUCACAAUUCUGACUUGCUAUAAAGAUAGAAAUUACGCUGCCUGAUGCUGGUGCAUGCCUUUAGUCCCAGCACUUGGGAGACAGAGGCAGGUGGAUCUCUGUGAGUUCAAGGAGAGCCUGGUCUACACAGAGGGAAAAAGGAAAAAGAUAGGUAGAAGAUAGAAAUUACAGGAAUGGGCAGUUGACUGUCCAGUCGCCAUUCAUUUUUUUCCCUUGGCAUAGCAUUGUGUGCUCCCAUAAUCAUACUGCGUAGCCUUCAGCGAUCAUGUCCAUGUCUUCGGUUGGUAGCUUUUCUCCACUGGUAAUCUUCGUCGCUCUCUCUCUUCCUUCUUUUCCUUUUGUUUUAGUGGUCCCGGGGAUUAAGCCUAUGUCCUUGUGUAUGUUAGGCAAGUGCUCUGCCACUGGAUCACACUUCCAGCUCAGUGAUUUUCUAUAUGCUACAGUAAUUUAAUAUGAAAUAGAGGUAGUCUUUGAUGUAUGGAAAUCAACUGUGAACACUUGGUAUAGUGGCGCAUAUCACUGUACAGAUGGGGGCUAUGUAAUCCGGGUACUCAGAAGAUGGAAGCUGGCGGGUCAUGAGUUCUAGGCCGUCCUGACCACUCAGAAAGCAGAAGUAGAGAUGCUUCUCCAGUGCAGUGUUUGCUUCUCUCUGGUGGAGGGCAUGAGUCUGGUUCCCAACACGCACGUUGGACACUAACAGCUCCUGGUAACUCUAGCUCCAAGAGAAUCAAUGCUCUCUGCUGGGCUUCACUGUCUCACACGCACACGCGCAUAAGUAAAAUAAAAAGUCUUUUUAGAAUAGGGCCAUGCGGGCAGUGCAGCUGGGGUGCUUGCCUACCAUGCUGAAGGCCGAAGGCCGAGUUCAGUCUCCAGCACUGUAUACAAGUGUGUGAUGUCGCCUACCAGGACUCCCAACACUGAGGUGAUGGUCAGGAAGGUCAGACAUUGACUCUCAUCAGCCUCAGCCAAACUGACCAGCCUAGAGUACUUAAGGCCUUGUAUUAUUUUUAAUACAGCAUUUUAAUUCAUUGAGAAAUUUUUUUACACUGCUUUGAUCAUAUUUACUCUUUAACUCCUCCCAGAUUCACCCUCACCUCACCAACCCCAAGACCCGGUCUUAGAAAAAAAAAAAAAAAUUAAAAGAUCAAUCUUGGCAUUUUUAUUUUGUGCUUUUUAUUGGUAAUGGUAGUGAGUUUUGAACAUAAUGGCUUUUCGGUUUUGAAUAUCUGUGUUUUUAGACUUCAUUGGAAUUCAAUUCAGAACUUUGAAACUUUGCUUAAACCUGGAAUGGGAUAUAUCAUAGAAUUUCCUACAGGGUGGUGGUGGCCCAUGUCUUUAGACCCAACACUCAGAAGGUAGAGGCAGGUGGAUCUCUGGGUAU